AUGGCCCGGCUAUUCUCCUUGUCCCCUGUGUCUUCGUUGAAAUGGCGAUCCGUAUCAAUUAACCCCAAUACGCUGUCAUCCUUUGCUGGCAAGCCUAAACAAAGCAACUAUGAAGACAAAUUUAACAUGUUCAAUACUGUCUUUGACCUGUCAAGUUUGGUUAAUCAUAAUGAAUAUAGCUUUGAAGAUUUAAAAAAGCCAGCAGCAAAAAAUAAAACCGCAUUUGCUAAUCUAAUCAGAUCUGAUGGCUUUGCAGCGGAUGUGGUGCUAUAUAAGGGUGUGAGCAAUAAUGAAGAUGUAACUGAACAAAGCUCAGACAGUACAUUUGGUAUACAACUUCUGAGCGAUGUCUUAAAACCUGGUGAUGUUGACAACUUCUCGCUGUGCGGCCUAGACCCUGAUAGACAACAUGCAUUCACAGCAUCCUAUAACGAGGGAGAAAAUUCUCAUCAAAUAAGAAGAGUCUCGACAGCGGAAUAUUACAAUUACACUGGGUCCAUUCAUCAUCAAAGAAAAGAACAGAAAAGAAUGGAGAAGGAAGGAAUGAAAAGUGUAUUGCUGAACAUCCCUUCGAUCAAGACUACAUCCUUGAUGCAAUAUCAUAUGUAUAUGACAUAUAUAAUGGCCAAUAUUCAGAAAAUAUUAGAUUUUUAUGGAUACGAAACAGCCGAGGGACGCUUUCACUGUUAUCAAGGAGUUCGACGGGCUAGAGAAGAAAUGGUCAAUAUAUUGAUCAACGGUGGUAAGAAGUACAAUAAGGAUAGAAGAAAAAAUACGAGGAAAAACCGCAGAAGGGGAAAGAAAAAGAAAGAGAAAAGGGGAAAAGAUGAAAAGAAGAAAGAUGAAGAAUGCAGCGAAAGGCCCGAAAAGCAGUGGUGGCCACAAAGAAACUCGUAUGACAGAGAGAAAAAACCUGUAGUUGCCUUCGGCUCUGGAAUGUUUGGAAAGGACAGCAUCAAAUUCAAAGGACAUAGAACAGGAAUAACAGGUGUCCUUACAGAGCAUUAA